GCGCAGGAAACGUGCCGACGCGCUCCGUGGGCGCCUGGGUGUGCGCGCGGGAAGAUGGCUGAGCCGGUGCCGAAGUCGGUGCUGUUCGUGUGUCUGGGGAACAUCUGUCGGUCACCCAUUGCGGAAGCAGUGUUCAGAAAACUCGUAACUGACCGAAAGCUUUCAGAUCAUUGGAGGAUAGACAGUGCAGCGACAUCCACGUAUGAAAUAGGAAACCCUCCUGAUUACCGAGGGCAGAGUUGCAUGAAGAAGCAUGGCAUCCCCAUGAGUCACACUGCCCGGCAGGUUACCAAGGAAGACUUUGCCACAUUCGAUUACAUACUGUGUAUGGAUGAAAGCAAUCUGAGAGACUUGAAUAGAAAAAGUAAUCAAAUUAAAAACUGCAAAGCUAAAAUUGAGCUGCUUGGGAGCUAUGAUCCACAAAACCAACUCAUUAUUGAAGACCCCUAUUAUGGGAAUGAGUCCGACUUCGAGACUGUCUACCAGCAGUGUGUGAGGUGCUGCAAGGCCUUCCUGGAGAAGGCCCGCUAAGGCCCUGCCCGUGCUCCCCUCGUGCCCCGCUGGGCCCCGCAGGCUCUCCUGUAAGGCCGCGUGUCUCCUUCAUUCGACCCUCGGUUUCUUACCUUAAGCCAUUGUAGAUGGAAAUCAGUUACUGUAUUUGACAGACAAAUAAAUAAAAAUGUUUCAUGCAGACAGUU